AUGUCCUCUUCCAAGGUUAUUCGCACAGUUUAAAUAACUGAUACUUUGCAGCUGAGUUAUUUGUAUAAUAUAAAGCGCUAUUAACGAAUACAAAUCCUUUGCUUCUCACAUCUUAUGGGAUCGUUAUUAUUGAGUUAUUAUCCAUCAUGUGAUGUGGUAGCUACGGUAACAUCUGGAUCAGCUUCAACAGAUGAUCGAAAACAAACUCUUAUUUAUCCAUGUAUUAAGAUAAUGAGCAUCACUGGAUUCAAUGCUGAGCGAUAUAAAGUCAUCAAAGGUGAAUAUACACCACUCGCAUGUUAUGGAGAAUUACGAAUUAAUUAUUGUAUCACACGUGAUAUCCCUUUCCUGUCAAAUUCAUUUGUUACAAAUUGGUCUCAAACACAAGUUAAUCUUGAUAGAAAAUUAUUUAAUGAAGCCUUCGAUUUACCUUUACCAUAUAACGCCUUAUACGACUAUAAUGGCAUUUGCUUUGUUUUGUCAUCCACUUAUACGGAUAAAAAAGGUAUGCAUGAACAGUUAAUAGCUGGUGCAAACAUGAAAUUGUAUAAUUCGAAAAAAGUAUUUCGACAAGGGAUUUACGAACUUGAAUUACAUCCUUUGGAACCGUUAGGUGUUUAUCGACUAGAGGAUGUUGAAAAAUUAGUUAAAGAACCUACGUUUGAUGCCAAACCUUCGAAUAUGGAUACCAUGAAUCAAAUACUUAAAAUGAAUCGUAAACAUCUUCGUAAUGAAUUAUUUGAAACACCGUUAGAUCGACAUUGUAUGCCAGAUGUGGAACAUGCAGUUGAUGAAGCUAAACGAGCUAGUGGACGUUUAUUUUUAAGUGUAAAAUUUGAAUUUUCACGAGAUUAUCCAUCUGUCUAUAUGCCUGUGAUAUUUCAGCGUCCAGUUCUACCUGAACAGUCAGAAUUGCGAGCUGAUCGAAGUUGUUAA